CUUUCCCUUCGGCCGAACUCCCCUGUCCGCUGUCAGGAUAUUGACAUUGACUUAACUUGGUUGCAUGCGCCCCUGGAGGACCACGCGCUACCGCUGCUUGAAAUGGUUAGUUCCGGAUCCUGUACUCCCAUCCUGAAUCAAUUGCUCAACCUCCCCCUUGUUCAAGUCACUCUGGACCGUGUUCAGCCCAUACCGGAAUUUGUCCGCAUGUUUUCAUACGCUGUUGCUGGGACACCAGUCACAGACCCUCCUCCUGGUUUCAAUCCUCCUCACUUAUCGUCUGAGACCCCAGAAUCUCCUGUUGGAAUUUAUGAUUUUUGUAGGUCUCCUGAUGGCGUGAUCGCGGCCUCCGAAACGUUGAUCCCUGUGCGCUCAGUGAACUGUGACCACUUGCAGUGCUUUGACUUGUCCUCCUAUCUGACAAUUAACAAGAAGCGUCCUCGGUGGUCCUGUCCUGUGUGCAGUUUACCCGCCCCAUUCCGCGAUCUCCGACGUGAUGACUUUUUCGUCCAAUUGAUGGCUGAUCAGAGUCUCAAGGAUGCCGAAAUGGUCCACGUAGAUGCCAAUGGGCACUGGCGAGAAGCCUCGAAAGUCGUCCAAAGUGAUUCCUCUGUUGUCAUGCCCGCCAGAGCGUCGAUUGCCGCCAUUCCUUCGGACAAACCGACCAUCGCUGCCAUUCCCUCACUGUUAAAUGGGGCCUCCACAAUGUCACCCUCCAUAUUGGAGUCAAAUUUCUCGUCGAGACCCGUGACGCCGAUAGAACCUGAUGUUUCUCCAUUCAAUGAUUGUGUCAUUCUCCUUGAUACCGAUGACGAUGAUGACGGGGCGGGUAGCUCGACGCGACCGCAGCAAACUGCUGGUGUCCAUCCCACAUCCUCCAAUAGUUACAGUGGUCAGCCCCUUCACGCUUUUGUCACUGAUAAACAGUCAGAAAAACGUCCCCCUGAGGCCUUCGAUUCUGCGUUAAGGAAAGUGUUUGUCGGUCUGGCUGCAAGCUCAGACGAUGAAUUCGCUGCGACGGCAUCCGCCCCACUGCUUUCCAACCUCCAAUCCCCAGAAGCACUGGCGCUAUCUUCAACUCCUACCACAACAAAUGUUUCAGCGUUAGUUCCACCCUCCUGCCUCCACCCCGGCGUCACCUCACCCGUGCCCGAUGCAUCACGACUCUUGACCCUUGCCGAAAACGCUGCUCCACCACCACCUCGUCCUCCUCUUCUUACUGCCACUGCUGCUGCUCUUGUCGUCAGCACUUCGGGGACUUCCUCUACCCCACGUUCAUCCGUACCUCCGAGCAAGCUGAAUAAGGCCAGUGAUUUAAAUUGCGAACUCCUAACGAGUUUCACUUCGUCCGUGGGCGUUACGACUGCGUUCGCUGCAUCCAUGCAACUUCCAGAAGUGGUCCGUGCGACGAUGGGGUAUGUGAUCCCACCGAGUAAAGAAGCCGCUAGGACUCCUGAAAUACGCGCAACCUAUUCUCGUCCAUAA